AUAUGUGGUGCUUCGGGUUGAACUCGUUAGUCGCGUUCCCUUCUCGUUAAAUGGGAAGAUGAUUAAAUGAGGAUCUUUUAGUCCGGGGGUUACCAUCAUGAGAGCUGUGUCGUUGAAGCGCCCGCUCCUCGUUGUGGGCUGCGUUGGGUUCUGCUUGUACCUGGGGAUGGUCCUGAGGAACAGUGGCUAUGCGAGCACGGGGGCUGACCACCAAGAACCGGACUCAUCAAGGACCAUCAGGAGUAUCUCUGACCUAGAGGCAAGCAUAGUCGGUCUCUCUAAAGUCCUGAAAGAGUUUGAGCGAAAGCAAGAUGCCAUGCAGAAAUUUUUGCAAGAGGACCGAGACACCCAGAGAAAAAUUGCAGAUGUCCUAAAGGAAGCGAUACAUGUGGUGCCGGGGCAGAAAGAGGAACCCAAAGAAAAGAUCCCCCCUAAAGAGAAAAAAACUGGCAAAGUGUUCCCCGACUCCCCCAUCUUCAAGGAGUGGGGCGACAAUCUGUCUGAAGACGAGCAACGAGAGGCGCAAGCUCUGUUUGAGAAGUACGGCUACAACGUUUUCCUGAGCGAUCGCCUCCCUCUGAACCGACCUCUUCCAGAGGUGACCUGGACCUAUAUGUGAAGACCCUGGAGGAUGAGAACCCAAGUCUCCGCAUUACACGAGUGAGGCACAAUGAGCAGAAAGGCCUCGCUUUCGCCAGAGCCUCGGGUUGGAGGGCUGCGACGGCCGAUGUGGUGGCCAUCUUGGACGCACACAUUGAAGUCCACGAGAUGUGGGCAGAACCUUUACUGACCCAGAUCAAAGCGGACAGGACCACRGUGGUUUCUCCUGUGUUUGAUCGAGUUAACUUUUAUGACCUCAAGGUUGUUCAUUACMUUCCAUCAGCUCACGCCUUUGACUGGGCCCUGUGGUGCAUGUACGAGGGAUUUUCUCCAGAUUAUUACAAACUCAAUGACAGCUCCUUACCUGGAAAAAGCCCAUCAGUCAUGGGAAUCCUGGUGGCUGAUAGAGCCUAUCUUGGAGAAAUCGGAGUUCUCGACGAAGGGAUGAAAGUGUACGGUGGAGAAAAUGUAGAGUUUGGAAUUCGUGUUUGGACCUGUGGAGGCAGUAUUGAAGUAGUUCCGUGUUCUAAGAUUGCCCACAUUGAAAGGCACCACAAACCGUAUAUGCCGGACCUGGGUCCUGCCAUGAAGAGAAAUGCCCUGAGGGUAGCAGAGGUCUGGAUGGAUGAAUACAAACACAACGUCAACGUGGCGUGGAACCUGCCGUUUGAGAAUCAUGGCAUUGACAUUGGAGAUGUCACUGAGAGGAAGCAACUCAGAGAAAGGCUGAAGUGUAAACCUUUCAAAUGGUACCUGGAUAAUGUUUAUCCUAAGCUGGACCCCUGGGACAACCUGCUUGCUUAUGGAGGACUGAAAAAUCUCGACACCAACAUGUGCGUAGACCAAGGUCCAGUACCAGGUCACACACCCAUCGCCUACAACUGCUAUUACUAUGGUUCACAGAUCGUAUAUUUUCGUGGGAAUGGUGAACUCUACGUCGGCGGUAUUAAGUCCCACAAGUACAACGAUAACCGGUGUAUAGCCGACCAAGGGCAGAAAAACACCGAGCCUGGCCUGUACAACUGCAAAGAGGCAAUGCAGAAAAGAAUGGGCAUAUACUGGGAAUUCAGUCAGGGCAAAGAAAUUAAGAACAAGGAGUCAAAAAGAUGUCUAGAAAUUGAUAAUGGUGUACUUCUAAUUCGGGAAUGCACCGGCCAGAGGUGGAAGAUCCAAAACGUAAUCAAAGACUUUUAAAAAGUGGUCCGACCAGCAGGAAGUGCUCCUCUGCUUAUUUGAUGAGCAGAAAAUUAUGUAUGAGUGAAAUGCAAAAGUAGUAACACCAGAAGAUGGGAAAUAAAUUAAUUUGUUUUAGUUUGAGUGGUGGUUAAAGAUAGAAGGAAUUUAUUUUGUUCACUAUUUAUUUUUGCUCUUUUUUUUAUCAACAGUUGUCCAUUAUUUAAAAUAAGAAUUAUGAAUUUGAUAUUCUAAAUCUUUCAAAAGUUUAAAAUGUUUAUGAAGCAAUAGAUUGCCCCCCCCCCAGUAAAUCAGGUGGAGAACCAGGACAUUGAGACGGUAGUGGUCACCUAGGGGUGGAAUAAACGUUCCACCUGGCUUUGACCCUGAUCUCAGAAGGCCUCCUUUAAAGAGACAGAACUCUGGUAUGUAAUUAGAUGUAAACUGGAAAAGAGAUUUGGUAUAUUGCACAAGAAGUGCCUCCUGAAAUCUUGCCUAGGGUCUUAAAUUGGCCUGUUUAUCUGUAAUUAUAAUGUAAUAAAWAAUAGUGUCAGUUGACUAUUUUAAAUGAUAAAAUAACUCAGUUUUACUAUUCCUGUAUAUUUCUGAAGUAUAAUAAAACAUUUCUAGACAGAA